AUGUCUGAUUCUUCUUCCCUUGCAGGCUCUGAGGUCAUUUCCGAUGAUGGCGCAGCCUCUUGGACCACGUCAGACAGUUGUACAGCUCCAUUGCAAGAUGCUCAAAACGUCAUUCCAUCCAAAGACCUGAAUGUAGCAGUGCACGCUACUGGAGUCGGGGUAUUGCAAGAUGCUCAAAAUAUCAUUCCAUCCAAAGACCUGAAUAUAGCAGGGCACGCUACUGGAGUCGGGGCAGAAGACGACACAAGCCUCAAAACGCAGAAAAAUCAAGACCGUUACUUGCGACGUUUCCAGAUUUGGGAUCGUGCUUUCGGCGUUUGGAAACCAUAUGAUCCAUCGUUCAUCAAGCCUGUCCCUCCGCGUGAAGAUCUGCACAACUACUUCUAUCUCGAUGUCCGACACAAAAAUAGUGAACAAUUCCCUGAACUGGUUGUGAGCCACUUCAGUGGAAUACUGAUCAAAUUCCUUCGCCAUGCCAUUGGGGAUGAAUUCUUUGAAAGAAAUCCAGAAUAUCGUCUUUCGGACUUUUUUUCGAAUCUGAGAGACCUCAAGGCUGAUCUUGCGGAAGUCUGUGAUGUUCUUGCUUCAAAUUUGGCCGAGGAAGACCUCAAGCAAAAGGCAAAUGAUAUGGGUUGCACAGAUGCAUUGGGUCUGCAUAAAACUGAGAAAGAUGCCCGGCUGUACUUCGAGGACGUGGUGGAACACCUUGGCGUCCUGUUAGGCAUGAUCGAGCAGGAAUUUGAACCGACAGCUAAAGAACUCGAGCUUCAGCUCUCUUACGGGUCCAUCGCUUACGACCUGCUCGAGUACUAUUUUGAGCCAGGUGUCAAGUACUAUACUCUGCAGAAUGGCAACUUGACCGGGUUUACUCUGGAUAGAACAUGCUAUAGCAAGCACUCGGAAAGGUUCUCCUUGGUCGGGGAGACAACAAGGUGGGAUGGGCACAAAUACACUCACAAGGAAGAGACUUUCCAGAUUGAACACUACGAUGGAACGAUGGAGCUGCCAAAGCUGCCCUGCAAAAUCAUGACAGACGACGUACGCGCCAAGCUAACUGCCCGAGGGAAAUUGUAUGAAUCGUUCGCUGGUGGCGUCCAUUACAAGUCGUACAAAGGGAGUAGAAUUGUCAUCGAUCAACUUGCAUUUGACAAGCGCCCCUGGGGCUACGAACGUGACCCAGACGAGAAUAUCCCUGAUGUUCCCGAAGGAGAAUAUGAUCAACUUCCGGCCUCAGUACCUGGUUUCGAGCUCAAGAGCAAAACAUGGCAGUCAUUCUGUGUUGAAGAGAUUGGUGACAUCAAGUUUGACGAGAAAGCUUGGGACCACUUGGUUAUAGACGAUGACGUCAAAAGCCUGAUCAAGGGACUUGUCGAUGUUACUAAGAAUGCUAAUACGUCGCAGCACCUUAUGUCGGACGUUAUCACAGGUAAAGGUGGAGGUUUAAUCGCAGUACUUCAUGGACCUCCUGGAACCGGAAAGACCCUUACGGCUGAAGCUGUCGCCGAACACCUCAAGAGGCCUUUGUACAUCGUCAGCUCUCCAGAAUUGUCGACAGUGCCUUCACAACUGGAGUCCAAGUUGUCGGAGAUACUGAGCUUAGCUACCACAUGGGACGCCAUAGUUCUUAUCGAUGAAGCCGACGUGUUCUUGGAACAGAGAAGUCUCCGUGAUUUAACACGCAACGCUCUCGUUUCCGUUGCAUUAAAGGUCUUCGAGUACCACCGCGGCGUGCUCUUCUUGACAACAAAUCGCAUUCAAACGUUUGACGAUGCCUUUCUUUCGAGGUUCUCCAUCGGUCCGUUCUCCCUGUUUACAUCACAUCAGUUUGAAAUUGAUUCGAUCUAA